AUGGUUGAAAUCUUUAAGCGUAAAGUGAAAGACCUUACCGCUAGCUGCUAUAACUGUAUACAAGAAUGGCAGUCGUCCGUUAAAGCAAAUGUGUCAUUGCUUGAGCAGAUAGGCAGCCGCCGGUUAACGUUGUUAGCCGACCAGGAGUCUGGCAGCGAUGCUGCCCUCGAUCAGCAGCUCACAGAGCUCUGUGGGAAACUCGUCGCAGUGGUUGACCUGUUCGAGCAUCGCUGUCGCAGAAUAGAAAAAAUUCAUGCAGAUCUUGUGGCCUUGCAGAAUUACGCAGCUGCUACAAACCUCGACGCUGACCUUCUAUUGGGUUGUUGCCAGUUUUCAUAUCUGAUUACGUUAUUGGAAGACUUGCACAAAUCUUGCGUCAAGGAACUACAGUGCAAAAGAGCAGUGGCACAGGAGAUCGCUUUCUCACCUUCAAAGGACUUUGUCACUAUGUGCAUCGCGGCAUGGAUUCAUCAGCCUUGCUUGGAAACUGAUCUUUUGUGUCGCACAUCUUAUGCAGUAUUUCUGUGUUCAGACAGGCUUUAG